UUCUGAUCGUCGAAAGGACCGAGUCGAGACAAAUCCUGAACAGUUGGCUGCUGCGUCAGCUCAAGCUGAUAUAUCCUUAAAUCUUUGUGCAUUUUUUUCUUUGUUAAGAAAUUGUGUUUAUUGUGUUCAUGUUAGUAGUUUGCAUGAUGAUCUCAAGCAUUAGUUAUAAACACGCUUGCACUGUGCUUAAUCUGAAAUGAUAAGUGCUUUCCUUACCUGCUUUCACUAAAGCAGUUUAAGUGAUAACCUAAAAUUGUAAAUUUUCACAACCAAAAGUCAUUCAACAGAAAAGUGCAAAGCUAAUACUGAUUUGAUUAUGAAUAUUUUUUACGUGUUCAGAUUCAUUGUGACAUGUUCGAGAUUGUUAGUUUAGUUGUGAAAUUAACUUCAAAUCACAGAAUGACUGCAUCGACUGGCAGAACGACAAGGGUGAUUGGGUGGUACCAUUCACAUCCCCAUAUUACUGUUCUUCCUUCUCAUGUUGAUGUGCGGUCUCAGGCUAUGUAUCAACUUUUAGAUUCUGGAUUUAUUGGGCUUAUAUUUUCUUGUUUUAGCGAAGAUACAAACAAGGUGGGAAGAAUUCAAGUCAUUGCUUUUCAGUCAUCGGAUGGGAAGCAGAGCCAUGUUUCAGGACCAAUUGCUUUAUCGCCAGUGAAUAGAAACCCAGUUAUUGAUCUCGAGUUAUCUUUAAGUAAUGGAAAUCCAUUGGUGACAUCUGGAUCUGCACAAGUAGACAGUCACAUGCAAGACUGUAGUGAUUCCAGGUCCAUUCAAGGAUCUAGUCAGGGUGGUGGACGAUCUGUAGACUUGGGAGGUUUCUUCGCUGAUGCUGAUGCGAACCAUCUAGGGCAUGAUCAAGUCAGAGGUUACCAUAAUACCAAUAAUGUACAGAAUGCUGUUGUUGAUAUUGAUCCCCUGGAUAUGUCGGAAAGCAUUCAAGAAGCCAUGUACCGCUCGAAUUUGGACAUGAGCGGUGCAGAGUAUGUCCGGAAAGAAAUUCCUCUUCAUGUUUUGCCAACAUCUUCUCUUGUUAACCUUGACUCGCCGUUAAGGUCAUUCACGGAUUUGCAACGUGUACUAUAUGAAGAGGAGCGGGCAGCAUAUAACCAAGCCAUCUUGCAAAAUAUGAGAGAUGGCAAAGUGCAUCCCCUUUCUUUCAUCCAUCACACAUCUACAUAUCAAGCUUCCAUGUGCAAGUUAAUCGAAUAUUGUUUAAGUCCUGCCAUCAGUGCACUUCAGGAUCGAUUAAAGGAGAAUGAAAUUCGGUUAUCAAUGCUGACAGAUGAAGCUAAGACGUUGGAGACUGAAGCCUCCAAGGGGAGCGGACCAAGUUCUCCGCAUACUCAUGGAUUCCGGGCAAGCACUUCUGUCGGCCAGAGAGACUUGGUUAAUUCAGCUGAACCCAUCAGCGUGAGGACAUUUGCCGGUACUGGGAGCCGAAGCAGAAAGUGAUGUUAAUAGAAUUCCGUACCAAACCCUCUUAUCCGUGCAUUUUGUUGAACAUGUUCUCGGGUUUUAUCGGAGGAAGAUGUGCAGCUCGGUUGAAGGCGUCGGAGUUCAAGACAGUUUGUAAGCGUGAGUCUUUGAAGAAACAAGCAAUGGUGAUGUAGUGUUAAUAAUCUUGUUUCCUCGUGAUCUUGCACGGUCUGAAUGUCAUGUAAAAGCUUUACGAAUAUAAAAGUUAAGAGCUCGCUA